UCCUGACACAAGGACGCUCCUCUUCUCUCCGGAGCAGCGCGCACGGCACAGAUCAAUCUGCCGCGGAGAGAGAGACGAUGUCCCGGCAGGCAGCCCAGGAACAGAUGACUGAUGUAUUUUUUCUGAUGACAACCCAGGCCUUCAAGGUGUGACAAGGUUAUAUGUUCGGACUAAGCGUAUUUAAAGUGGGAACGGAUACGCAACGACGAAAGCGCAGAUGAUUUGUUUCUGGAUUAAUGUUUUGCUUCAGUUUCUUCCAUAUAGGCAUAUGCCUAAUUGUGUUUUAAGUCAACUUCAAAUGUACUGAGAAAUCUAAAGACUACUUUCGUCUCCCUUACAAACAGACAAAAAAAAAAAGAGUAUAGGCUAUACUUGCGGAAACCUUUUUAUCUUGUUGAGUUGAACCUGAGAUGGAGCCGGAAGAGGGAAAGAUCUCUGUGUGGGUCUGCCGGGAGGAGAAGCUGGUCUCCAGGCUGACGAAGCGAACCACCUGCGCCGACGUGGUCACAGUCCUGCUGGAGGACCAGAACCUGCAGCAGGGCACCUCGGCGGAUAUGCUGUCCGGCUCUCCGCAGUCCUAUUGCGUUGUGGAGAAAUGGAGAGGCUUCGAGAGGAUUUUACCCAAUAAGACCAAAAUCCUCCGGCUGUGGAGCGCCUGGGGGGACGAGCAAGAGAAUGUCCGCUUCGUCCUGGUGAAGAACGAGGCUUUGCUGCUCAACAACGGGCCCCGCAGCGCCGAGGCCCGGGUGGUCCAGAGCCGGGAGAGCGGAGGUCCGAGCGGGGUGCUAAUAGGCACCGCCAGGACUUGCUUGACCGCCGCGGCCGCUGCCGCUGACAUGUCCCAGGAGAAACAGAGACGAAUAGUCAGGAAGGCUUUCAGGAAGUUGGAUAAGAUUAACAAAAAUAAAGGACAGGCUGUUUCUAAAGAUAAGAGCUCAGUGGAGAAGAUGGAGACGCUGGUUCACCUAGUGAUCUCCCAGGAUCACACAAUCCGCCAGCAGAUCCAGAGGAUCAAGGAGCUGGACCGUGAAAUCGAGCGGUACGAGGCCAAAGUGCACUUCGACCGCAUUAAGAGACACGGGGUGAACUAUGUGCAGGACACAUACAUGGUGGACUGCUCCUCGGAGGCUCCCGCUCCUACGGACUGCAAGCUGAAAGCGGAGCGACAGGACGCGCGGUGCACAGAGGAGGCGGUCGUCCAGUUCGAGGAGUACGUGCGCCGGUGUGAGGAGGUGGUGCGGCUGCAGGAGGAGCUGACGGUGCGCGAGGCGCUCGUGGAAAGCAUCACCGGGGAGAUCCAGGAGGAGCUCAACCGGCGGUGGAUUAAGCGGCGGCGUGAGGAUAGAGUAGCGGAAGUGACGAAGGAUACCGACAGCGUCGUGAAGGUGAUGUGCCUGGCAGCGUCUGCCACUCCAGCUGUGGAACAAGAUGUGGAAAGUUUGUCUGAGAACGAGUUUGCACUAGAUGAGGUGAGGAUCAAAACGCAGCUGGACACCAGUCUGUACAUUGGCAUGCGUCUGAAGACAGACCUAGACGCCAUCAGGGGGGACUUGGACCUGAGUUUGGCGCUCUGGGAAACCAGGGAGAGUGAACUUUUGGACCUUCUGGCCAAAGUUGAGACCAUGGAGAUAGAGCAGGUAAACAUCAAACUGACUGAUAAUGGUAAGGCAGAGCUGGGUGCAGUGAGCGCUAAGGCUGAGCCUGCAUCAGCAGAAAAGAGUAGUGUCUGGGUGGAGCAGGCCAGAGGUCUGUCCAAGGCCUGCAAUACAAACGAUGAGGACUCGGACACAGGCCUGAGCUCCAUGCACAGUCAGGACUCUGACAACCCACCUGUGUGUGAGUCAUUGGUAUAGACUCACUUUGUUAGGAAGCUGUUGGACUUUUAUGCAAUUCAAAGCCAUAAACCUAGAGGCAGAGAAUCAGUGUUGGCAAUAAUGUUCUUCUCUACCCAAAAUGCACUUACCGUAUUCUAUAGAAAUACUUACUAUAUGUAGUUGCACAAUAAGCUAGGAGGGACGGCAUGCUUAGAGAGGUUUUAUAGGCUCAUUGGCUGACGUUUGAGAGUCUAGAGGAGUAUCAUAAUAAGCCACUUAUAAUCUGUAGUCUUCCAUGAGAAACUAAAAAAAAUGAAAACUGCAGACUUUGUGGAUUGGAUUUAAAACACGGAUCCCUUUCCUGCUGGCUAAGCAGAGUAGAUCACUUGAUAUUGUCCUCAGUAUAAGUAGUGUCUGUCUUUAAAGCACAAAAAGUAAUAUUUAUUUAACAAUAUGUUAGAGCUGGGUCAUUUACUA